AUGCCGAUGCCUGGGGGCGGUGGGGCAGCGGCCGCCGCCGGGCACCCCCCCUCCGGCGAGGCGGCGGCGGCGCCGCGGGACGAGGAGCAGCAGGAGGAGGAGGGCGAGGAGGAUCUCCGCGACGGUGGCGUCCCCUUCUUCGUCAACCGCGGCGGGCUGCCCGUGGACGAGCCCACCUGGGAACGGAUGUGGCGGCAUGUGGGCAGGAUCCACCCCGAGGGUGAGCGGGUGGCGCAGAGGAUUCGGGGCGCCGCCGACCUGCCCAAGAUUCCCAUACCAAGUGUGCCUGCGUUCCAGCCAUCCACCCCCAUCCCUGAGCGCCUGGAAGCUGUACAGCGCUACAUCAGGGAGCUUCAGUACAAUCACACUGGGACACAAUUCUUUGAGGUUAAAAAGAGCAGACCUCUGACUGGGCUGAUGGACCUGGCCAAAGAAAUGACCAAAGAGGCCCUGCCAAUAAAAUGCCUGGAAGCUGUGAUCCUGGGAAUUUACCUCACCAACAACAUGACCACGCUGGACCGUUUCCCCAUCAGCUUCAAAACCCACUUCUCAGGGAACUACUUCCGACACAUUGUGCUGGGGGUGAACUUUGGAGGCCGCUAUGGGGCACUGGGCAUCAGCCGGCGUGAGGAGCUCAUGUACAAAGCGCCUGUCUUCCGCACACUGAGUGAGCUCAUCUUUGACUUUGAGGAGGCAUAUCGCCGCUGCUGGCACACGCUCAAAAAGGUGAAGCUGGGCCACUGCGUGUCCCAUGACCCACACAGCGUGGAGCAGAUUGAGUGGAAGCACUCCAUCCUGGAUCUAGACAAGCUAACACGGGAAGACUUCCGCAAAGAGCUUGAGAGACAUGCCCGUGAUAUGAGGCUGAAGAUUGGGAAAGGAACUGGGCCAUCAUCUCCCACCAAGGACAGAAAGAAAGAUGUCUCCUCUCCACAAAGAAGUCAAGCCAGCCCCCACCGGCGCAACAGCCGUGGAGACCGACGACCAUCUGGUGAGAAGAAGCCUGCGGAUUCCAAAGCCAUGCCAGACCUCAAUGGGUACCAGAUCCGAGUGUGAAGAGCUGUGCCAUGUGUGCCUAUUUCCACAGACUUCUUGCUGACCACAAAUGGGACCUGGACCCACCUGCAAUGAUUCUGACAAAUGGGACAGGGGAGCAGGAGCAGAACCGAGUGCUGAUCUUCCCAGGUACUUCCUAGUGGGCCAGCCCCAGAGCUGGAUCCCAUGGGUCCCAGAGGAUUCACCUGCCUGUUUCUGGGAGAGGUGUCCAUCUCAAUUCACUGAAACAAGUAUUAAAAAAAAAAAAAAAAAAAGGUCUGUACAUUGGUGGGAGGUUGCUGCAGGAAGAAUAUGAAGGUAGUGGGGUCAGCAGACUUGUGGUUUUUUGUGUGUUGACAGCAAGUAGAUGAAGCAUCUUGUCAACAGUACUUCUUCCAUCUGCACAGAAGUCUUCAACUCACGCAAGGCCUGCAGGGCUGAGGGAGAAGUGAUGCUGGAAUGGAAUGUCCCCCACAUCUUGUACAGAAACUCCUGGGUUUUCAUUAUGAACGCUUUGUUUAGCAUUGCUCUUCUGAGAGACAGAGCUGAAUUUACUCAGCCUGAUCAUACAAGGCCCUCUCAUCUGAAGAAAUGACAUCUUGUGUGUUUAGUCCCGCCUAUUUCAAAGCAUUUCAUUGUCACUGAGUGGGGGCAGACAGUGGGGUGAUGCUCCCCUAACCCACUGUGAUGAUAGAGAGCUGUUGCUGUAAGUCCUUUUGUGGUUGAGUAGGUCAGGAUAUGCCUAUGCCAUUGCCAUAUGAAAACAGGCAGAGACACCUCAAUUGUCCCAGUAAUGGAGGCAGGGGCAGGUAGAGGCUGGUGGGAAACGUGAACUUGGAGUCAUCUCUUCACAAUCCUUCUAACUUCUAGUGACUGCUACUGUGAAAGCUUGCAGAAUGCACUUCAGUCACUUAGGUUUGAGUUUUAGGAGUAAACAGUCAAAGAAAGAUUUGAGGAUGUGAACAGGUUUUACAAGCUUUUUCCCAUUCCACAAGGGUCUUGCUCCUCCCUCACUGUAGUGUUAGUGCUAGGGUUACAGACACCUGUUGAUUGGAAGCCCUGCUCAAGUGAUUGCAGCUGCUUUCUUGACAGCUCAGCCUGGAGUUUCCUGAAAGCCGUUCCCUACCCCAGUCAUGGAGCUGCAUUCUGGCUCUUCAGAUAGCUGCAGUAUUCAGCAGCACUUACACUUGCCUGCCCCAAAGGGCUGGCCAGGCCUUUCUGCCUGCUUACAGCCUUGACCUUUCCUAUGCUUCUUUUCAAGGGAAUGUUGUACUACUGAUUAAGCAGUGUAAUGCUUGUCAGAAAUCUGAGUGUUGUCAAGCCUCUCUUUGAGGCCUAGGGCCUGGAAAGAGUGGGACUACCAGAAAUCAGAACAGCAUGGGCUUGAUGUGAUCUGGAUGUGUGGAUCUGGGGGAUGCAAAACACUCGUGCUUGGGAGUGGGAGUAUCCUUGAGAGAAACUGAGUUUUGCUUUAUCACAGCACUGACAAGGAGCUUAAAACUUCCUGAAAUACUACAUAUGUAGUUUUGUAGGUAUUGGUUUUAUUCUUUCUGGUGGUGGUUUGUUGCAGUAUUGCACCCUCAUAUAAGCAGUGCUAUUUUGGUGGCAGAGAAUGGGUUCUUAUCCACAAAUAAAUCAGCUCUUCUGCUGAGUUAAAACAGUGUUAAUCCUUGAAGCACCACCCACAAGCGAUUUAACUUAGGCCUCACAGGUUCCUAAUUGUACAUUCUUAACUGUGAUGUAACUUGCAAGGCACUAUAUCUGUACCACUGCAGGCUGUCCUUCCAAGCUCUCUUUGUAGUGUGGACUUUUCUGCUACACUGUACAACUGGGAGGAUAAUCCAUAGGGAGGUGGUAGAACUUGCUGCUCAUCCAAGAUCCAAGAUAAUGGUAAUCCACAGUGCAACACCUGUCCUGUCCUUAGCACUCCAACUACAUACAGCAGUUUGAAAUCAGACAGCAGAAGGGAGCCAAGCACCCAUGUGAAUGUGUCUUCUGGUAAAUUUUGUGUGGCUGUAAAUUAACACAUAUACUGUCUGGAUGCUGACAGUGAUGCUAGCUGUAA